AUGUCGGUCGGGCUCACCAGCAAUGCGCACAACGCUCUGGACGAGGAGGCAAGGGCCGAGGUCGAUGUUCUGAACUCGCGACUCGAGAAGACAACGCAGUUGACCAAGAAGAUUCAAUCAUGCCUUAACCGACUUGAGACGACCGGAAAAAGUGUACAGGAUGUUGCAGGGCCUCUUAAUGGAGAGACUCGGCGAUUGCAGAUAUUGGGAAAUAAUGUUGAUUCUGUGCUCGCUGCAAUCGAUCGCUUGCGCCAGCCUGCAGACAGCAAAAACGAUGAAGAACAAAUAAUUCGUGUUGGCCCAGAAAAGGCCGGCCUCUCCAACUACCUUGCUUCUAUAAAACGGCUAGGCAAAGCCUUGACUGAGAUGCAAGCAUCAAACUUGCGCGCGAAUCAACAAACAAUGGCCGAUUUGUCGCGCCUUAUCAAGUCGGGCAACAGUCAGCUCGAGCAUCAUUUUGACACUCUGCUUCGCGCAGAAACGCCUCGAGCUGUCGAACCACUGCACUUCAUCACCAAGGACAAGCCGUUUCCCACGGUUUCCCAGGACAAAAUAGCUCGACUCGGUCUUGUUUAUUCGUAUGUGGCCGAUAGUCAUCACGGCGGAUCCUCUGAGCUUGCCCAUAUAUACUCGGAAAUCCGUGGCCCGUAUCUUUCCACCUCAUUGGCCAACCUUGCCGCAGCAAGUGUCAACACAGCCAAGAAGAAGAGUCCAGAUGCCGUUUACCGGGCGGGCACCAACGGUAUUGGCACCUAUUCACAAGCUAUGGAAGGUCUGUUUGCUUCGGAAUACGACAACGUGUGCAGCCUUUUCUCACGCGAGGACUGGGGGAUCGUUUUCCAAUCGACUUGUCAGACGGCAUUGGCUGAACUCGCAAGAACUCUACGUGAGCUCAACGCCCAUAUCAAAAAUCACCUAAAUACAGACUGCUAUCUGGCCUAUGAAAUUACGGAAAUUAUUUCGGCUCUCUCCGGAAAGCUCGAAACACGAACAGGCGAAUUGAAGGGAUCAUUGGCUGCAGCCUUGAAACCCGUGCGAGAAACUGCCAAGUCAUCACUCGCAGAGCUGUUGGAAGAGACGAGGCGCAAGAUUGGUAUGCUGCAGAUUUUACCAGCGGAUGGUGCUCCGAUCCCUUUGGUAUCAGAGACUAUGCAGCGUCUCCAGACGAUGGUACACUUCCUGCGCCCGAUUUCAAGCAUCAUGGUAUCAAUAGGGGACGGUGGCUGGAAAUCUAACGCGGCAACAAAUGGGCGCUCACCUGAUGUGAUUCCUAGCUUGGCAUCGUUUGAUAUCGGGGCAGAUGGUAAAGAGAUAUUCUCACAUUACUGUCUCGAUACGGUCGAAAUGCUUCUGUCUGGCCUUGAACAGAAGUCACGGGUGCUCAUGAAGAGCAGAGCUGUCGCUGGAGUAUUUAUGGCCAACAGCGUUAUCAUUAUUGGAAGAAUGGUUCAGACUUCAGAGCUCAAUGAGGUCUUGGAAAUGAAACUUGAUACUCUCGACACAUGGCGAAAAAAGGCAACAGCGGCCUACACAGAUGUGUGCAAGGACCUUUCCGUGCAUCUGUUCGACACUGUGCAUACCAAUCGCUCACAUCGCCCUACUUCUGGACCUGUCGACUCAACUUCCAUCGUUAAAGGGCUAGGCAGCAAAGACAAGGACAAGAUCAAAGAGAAGUUCACGCAAUUCAAUGGCGCCUUCGAUGACAUGGUUUCUCGACACAAAUCUUAUAGUAUGGAACGCGAAGUCCGGCGAAUGUUUGGAGAAGACAUUCGCCAAAAACUACAGCCACUCUAUGAACGGUUCUGGGAUCGGUAUCAUGAGAUUGACAAGGGCAAGGGUAAAUAUGUCAAAUACGACAAAACGUCUAUCUCUGCAGUCUUUGCAAGUCUAGCAUCUUGA